AGAAUUGAGAUAACCGGCUCGAGAUCCAGAACUACGCCGUAAAAUCCAUCAUCACCACUCCUUGCCUCGGCAUGGGCUAAAUUUUCUGCAACAUAUAAGAAGACCAUGCCUCAAUCAAUGCCCCUCUUUUAGCCAGUUACCCUAUUUUUCUCUUUUUCGCCAGCCAAAUGUUCGAAGAAGAAAUAUGUGGACCUUUAAUACCCCCGAGUCCAAACUCCUCUUCAAGAUCGACUUCUUCAUUCUCACCUUCUGCUGCCUCACCUACUUCUUCAAUUACCUCGACCGCUCCAACCUCUCCAAUGCCUACGUCUCCGGCAUGAAAGAGGAGCUCGACUUCCAGGGCAACCAACUCAACCAGAUCAACACCAUUUUCACCGUAGGGUACAUCCUCGGCCAGGUCCCCUCCAACCUAGCCCUAACCUACUUCCGGCCGCGCAUCUUCUUCCCUUCCAUGAUUCUGCUCUGGGGCGGGUUGACCAUGAUCACGGCCGCUGUGCAUAAUCCGCAAGGUAUUAUGGCUAUUCGCUUCUUCUUGGGCUUGGCUGAGGCGAGUACCUUCUCUGGCACGCACUAUAUCCUCGGCUCGUGGUAUACAGAGCGCGAGCUGGGGAAGCGGAGUGGUAUCUUUACGGCGUCCGGGCUGGCCGGGACUAUGUUUGGGGGGUUCAUUCAGACAGGCAUUCAUUCGUCGUUGGACGGUGCUAGGGGUUUGUCAGGGUGGAGGUGGUUGUUUAUCAUCGACGGCCUCAUCACCCUCCCGAUCGCCAUCUACGGCCUGUUCCUUUUCCCAGACACGCCCACCACGACAACAGCGCCAUACCUAACGCCCUCAGAGCGGCAUCUCGCCGUCAGUCGUCUCCCGCACACCAACGCCCAGCACUCACGUAUCAACCUGCCCUUCCUCAAACGCCUUUUCACAACAUGGUACUGGUGGGCGUUCGUCAUCCUCUGGAUCAUCGCCGGCGAAACGGAGUCCUUCUCCUCAAACUCGCUUCUUGCCCUAUACUUGAAAUCUCACCCAACGAACACAUACACCGUCUCACAACUAAACACUUACCCAACCGGCGUCCCCGCCGUCGGGAUCAUUUCCACCCUCUUCUGGGCAACCCUGACCGACAUCCUCCAGGGAAAACGGUACCUCGUGGGCUACUUCAUCGGGAUAACAGGCACGGUCACAUCCGCGCUCAUAUUAGCCCGAUUCAACGACACCGCGACGGUCAUGGGCGCUUAUUAUUGGGCCGGGGCGGUGUACGCGUGCCAGGCGACGUUCUUUGCGUGGUGUAAUGAUGCGAUGAGAGGGCAGGAUGCGAGGCAGAGGAGUGUGGUCAUCGCGAGUAUGAAUAUGGGGAAUAAUGCGGUGAAUGCGUGGUGGAGUAUCCUCUUUUAUGGGGCGGAGAUGGCGCCGAGGUUUACCAGGGGCAUGUGGGCGAUGAUUGGGUGUUCGGUGGCGUUGGUGAUUUGGACGGCGGGGAUUGUGUGGAUGAGUGGGAGGGGGGAGGAGAGGAGCAGGAGGGAGUUGACGAUGGAAGAAGUGGAGGGGAGAGGGAGGAGUGAGGAUGGUGGGGAGGCAGAGCGGAUGGCCAGUGUGAAGGAGGGAUAG